CUUUGGGGACCUCACCCUGCCUGCCACAGUGAUUCAUGAUAGUGUCAACAAUCAGCUGUUCAAGGAUGAGAUUGCAAAAUUGUACUUUGGAUCAAAGGGAAUUUUUUUUUUUGCAGAGCUUCUUAUUUAAAUGUAGCUGUGCUUCAUGAGCCUCAUUUCCUCUGCAGAGAAACAAGCUGUAGAAGAUGGUAACACGUUUGAUUUUGGUGGGUCUGCUCUCCCUCUGCAGCCCAUCUUCAAGUCAAGAAUGUAAUCGAGCGCUUGUGGAGAACAUGGAUUUCCCAGGAUCAGACAUAACAUUUCUCUACUCUCCUGAUGUGAAGCACUGUCAGCUCCUGUGCACUCAGCACCCCUCCUGCUCCUUCUUUACCUUUGUUCGUCCUGAUUGGACCAGAGAUGACCGGCACUUCCACUGCUACCUCAAAUCCACUCCCUCUGGACAGCCCAAUACUCAGACUCCAAUACAGGGUGCCACAUCUGGCUUUUCUCUAAAAGCCUGCACUCGGGACCAAAAGCCUUGUCUGUCUGAGGUGUAUCAAAACGUGGACUUUCCAGGGGCAGACUACAGGUUCUUGUUCACAGCUGACUCUAAGGAGUGUCAGAGAGUCUGCACUCAGGAUCCUGCAUGCCAGUUCUUCACUUUUGCACAAGAGAAUUUCUCCAACAAGAAAACCAGGUAUAAGUGUCACCUUAAAUUCAGUUGGAAUGUAGCACGGACUCCUAUUAUUGUAAGAAAGGCUGGUGCAACAUCUGGAUUCUCCCACAAAGUACACCAAACUGAGUACUUUGACAAAGAAUGUCAGAGAAAGCUUUUCCCAAGCACUGACAUCCCAGGAAAUGACUUCCUGUCACUGCCUGCUGUCUCUCCUGAACACUGUCAGAUUCUGUGCUCGGCUCAUCCACGCUGCACCUACUUCACUCAUAACAGGUAUAGCUUCAUUUGUUAUUUGAAGAACAACCCAGAUGAAAUGGUCACCAGUGCAACAGAAGCAGGUACUUCAGGACUGCCACACCGUUCCUGUCAGCUUGAUGGCAACUGGGCUACAGUGGCUCACGAAGGAAUAGAUUUCAAUGGUUCUGACAUUCGCUAUGAGGUGGUGGAUAAUGCAGAAGCAUGUCAGAGGAAAUGUACUGAGGAUCCUCACUGCCAGUUCUACACCUACGCUGAUGAAAACGUCUCUGACCGCAAUUAUUGGCAUCGCUGCUAUCUGAAGCGUGUCAUCACCAUGCCUGCGCCUCCCAAAGUUACCAAAGUCACCAAUGCUUCAUCGGGUUUCUCCCUUAAAAACUGUUUUUAGGGGGAGACAUAUAUGUGAACAUGUGUGAAAUGAGGUUCAGACUCCACAACUGUCAGCCUGCCAUAUAAAAACUCAAAUCAAGCUGCCUAGACAUCAAACUCUAACUGUAUUCUGCUGCUCUAAUCAUUUCAAACAUGACUGAGGUGUUUAUUAAAACAUUUACUAGACUUCUAACAAAGGCAGGAAAAAAAGAACCACUCACUGAUGGAGCUCGGAGUAUUCUGCCUGUGAGUGGAAUCCAACAAACCAAAACACAAUCAUUAGUGGUUGUUGAAGCUGUAUCAUCAGAACUGCCAUGUUUCUCAUUUCCAUUGCCCUGCUUGUGCUAAUGCAAAUGUAUGUUGACGUGUGUAUUAAUUCUUUAAAUGUGGACAAUGUCUAAAUGUGAAGUCUGCCAAUAAAAUGUUUUGGGUGUGUGAGUAAA